AUGCGCAGUCUUAAUGGUUUCAUACAGCGCGUGCGUGAAUGUAAUACUGGUCUAGAAGAGUUGCAUACUUUGACACCCUUUGUCGUUGAUGGCAAAGAAGUUGGAAAGCUAAAGCCCAGAUUUGUGGAACAAACGCGACGUUUUCCUGAGGUCUUCGUCGUUGAAGGCACUCCUGGUCCAUCAGGCCGGGUCAGCCUGGAUGCUGACUUGGACUCCUGCGACAAGCGGUCGGCCAAAAUAGCGGAUGUCUUGGACGUUCUCCGAAAGGAGAGUUUUAUCACUGGCUGGCGUGACGAGCUGUACCCAGUGGUUGCUUCAUUCGACGACACCCCACUGCUGCUGGUGGAGAGGGCAGCCGCCACCCACCUGGGCAUCAAGGCGUACGGCGUACACGUCAACGGUUUCGUACGAGAGCCCCACACAGGGGCUAUUAAACUGUGGGUGGCACGCAGGUCCAUGACAAAACCCAACUGGCCCGGGAAGUUGGACCAUAUUGUGGCGGGAGGCCAGCCCCACGGUCUGAGUUGCCGGGAGAACGUCCUCAAGGAGUGUGCGGAGGAGGCUGGGAUACCCGCCGAGCUGGCGGCUACAGCCCGACCCGUGGGGGCGGUGUCGUACCUCACCAUCGCCGCUAACGGCUACAAACCCGACGUGCUGUUUUGCUAUGACCUAGAGCUGCCCCCAGACUUCGUGCCCAUGCCUCAGGACGGGGAGGUGUCAGAGUUCAGUUUGAAAUCCAUCGAGGAGGUGGCGGAGAUAGUGGCCACCACCACGGAGUUCAAAACCAAUUGCUGUUUGGUAAUUAUCGAUUUCCUCGUCCGUCACGGGUACAUCACUCCGGAGCAGAAGGGCUAUUUGCAGCUGGUGGCGGCGUUGAGGAGCGGAGAAUGCAGCUGA